AUGCGUUUCUCUUCUUUCCUCGCCUCGUCCGCCCUCGUGGGCUCGAGCAUAGCUGGCUAUGCCAUCCAGGACGACUACUCCGCAGAGAACUUCUUUUCCAUGUUCGACUUCUUCACUGACGCGGACCCGACCAACGGCUUUGUGGACUACGUCGACGAGGCCACUGCCAACAGCUCCAGUCUGAUCGACGUUUCCGACGGCAAGGUUUACAUGGGCGUCGACUACACCGGCACCUCCUCCAGCGGCCGUUCCAGCGUCCGCAUCUCCAGCAAUGCCGCCUACAACGAAGGCCUCGUGAUCCUCGAUCUCGAACACUUCCCCGGUGGCAUCUGCGGUACCUGGCCUGCUUUCUGGAUGCUUGGCGAGGGCGAGUGGCCCGCGGGCGGUGAAAUCGACAUUCUCGAGGGAACCAACAGCCAGGUCGCCAACCAGAUGACUCUGCACACUGCCCAAGGGUGCUCCAUUGCCAGCAGCGGCGCCAUGGCCGGCAGUGUGAGCACCACCAACUGCUAUGCUCACGCUACUGAAGACAACACGGGCUGCGCCGUCAAGGACAACGAGGCCAGCACUUUCUCCACAUUCAACGAGAACAAGGGCGGUGUCUUUGCCACCGAGCUCGACCCCACGAACAACAAGAUCCAGGUGUGGUACUUCGAGCGCGCCUCCAUCCCUGCCGACAUCACCAGUGGCAGCCCGGACCCCACCUCGUGGGGCAACCCGCGCGCCCUCUUCCAGGGUGGCUGCGAGGUUUCCUCGCACUUUAAGAACAUGAACCUCGUCUUCGACACGACCUUCUGCGGCGACUGGGCUGGCAACACCUGGAGCACCGAUGAGACGUGCAGUGCCAAGGCCAGCACGUGCGACGACUACGUCCAGAACAACCCCGAGGCUUUCAAGGAUGCCUACUGGUCCAUCAACUCGCUCAAGGUUUACUCCAACGACGGAACCGCUGGCAGCAGCUCUUCCGCCAGCGGCUAUGCCUCGACCCCCGUGGCCCCUACUAUCGGCCAGAGCACCCCGGUUGCCACUCCCACUCCUGUGUCGACCCCUUAUGGAUACAACACGCCUGCUGUCAGUGGCACCAUGACGCCCCUGUACCCGGCGGGUAACUACUCGGAUGUCUACGCCACUGGCUCUGUUGGCAACUCGGUGCGCUCCAAGACGACCGUCUAUGUCACGGUGACGCCCGACGCAGCCGCCACCCCCGCUGCUACGCCGACUGCUGCUUCGGCCAACGCCGAGGCCGCCGCCGACUGGCAGCCCGGCGAGGCCCUGCCGUUCUCCAUGUUCGCCAACGGCGUGGGCACGACGGUCGAGACGGGUACGCCCAACAAGGUCGCCCACAUGAUGGCGCACAAGAAGCGUGCCCACGGCGCGUGGAAGAAAUAG